UGUGGCCCCUAGCAAAGGAUUGCGGCAUGGCAAAAAAGGUAAGGGUGAUCCCAACACUCCUUACGAAUUUGGUAAAGCGACAGGAAGUGAAAUUUCCUAAACUGUCGGUUUGCUAUUUCGUUUUGAUUUCAAGGAGAAAAUAAGGAUGGAAGCCAUUCAUUGGCGGUUUUAACGAUAUCGUACUUAUAUAAGAAGGUUUUGCUGUCUGAAUACUGAAGUAGACUUAGCCAGUGUGCGAAUAAUUCGGUACACAUUUAAAUAUCCAUCAUGCCGUCUAUAAAAUUAAGUGGCCUUUUAUUAGCCCAGUCUCUUUUUUCGCUGGGCGCGAAUGCUCUCCCGAGCGCAUCCCGUAUUAAUAAUGACGAUGCUCGGGAUCUUGGCCGGCGUGGUCUGGGCUUUGAUACCGAUACCCCGGAUAUUCUAAGAUUUAGCGAAUUAUACGGCGCACCCGAAAACAACUUUGACUGUAAGAGUGACCGGAAUCCCGUUGUUAUGCUCCACGGCCUCUCAGCAAACCGCCAAGUCGACCUGAACAUGCUUCAAUGGGAACUCAAUAGGCGCGGUUAUUGCACGUUCUCGCAAACUUACGGUUCCUGGAGUUUGGUACCUUGGAUUGGUGGUCUUAAACCAAUGUCAGAAUCGGCGAAAGAUAUCGCUAGCUUUGUGAAAGAAGUUAAGGAUAAAACCGGCGCGGAAAAGGUCGAUAUUGUUGGUCACUCCGAGGGUGGUGUUCAAGCCAUCUACGUACCAAUGACACAGGAUGGUGUCUCGGAUAUUGUGGAGCAUGUAGUCGCAUUAGGACCGGCUAUUCAUGGUGCCAAGUACUUCGGCUUUACCGAUCUAUGGUAUAUCGGCGGGAAUAUCACUCGCGCCCUCGCUAAAAAGGUCGUAGACGUGCUAGGAUGCCCGGCCUGCGAGGACAUGGCAACCGACGGCGGGAUAUACAACGACUUCAAGAAUGCCAGCAAGAUCGUGCAGCCUGGGAACAAAGUGACAGUUAUUAUGUCCAACUCAGAUACACUGGUAUCGCCGGAUGUCAGCAGGGUCGACGAGGAAGGGGCAACCAACGUUAUCGUUCAAGAUACUUGUCCCGACGACAAAGUUGGACAUGCAGGACUCAUGUGGGAUAAGAGUGUCUGGCGAUUAAUUGUGAAUGCGUUGGAAGAAAACAACGAUACCGUUUUCGAGUGCGAAAAGGGACUUGUUAUUUAAUGGACACCUGGUAUUAUAUAACUGCAUAUAUUAAUUAAAUGUUAACUAGCUGCGUUGCC